AGAUCAGACUGUUACAUGGCAACGCCAAUCAGCGCAGAGAGACGGUYUGGUUGCGAAGGUAGUGAUCGUGUUUAUUCGCUGCUGGAAGACGCAAGUGYUUCCUCCAAGCUUCCCUGCGGGACACGAAACUACAUCCCAAUGGAGGGAUCUUCUUCUCGAGAAGCUGAACUGUUUACUGUGAAACACGAGCUGAAAAAUGCCAACCUGACGGGUCACCAUGAGAGGGUGGGCAUUACAAACUUUGAGCUCUUAAAAGUGUUGGGCACAGGAGCGUAUGGCAAAGUGUUCUUGGUGAGGAAAGUGAGUGGCCAUGAUGCAGGGAACCUGUACGCCAUGAAGGUUCUGAAGAAGGCCACAAUUGUACAGAAAGCAAAGACUGCUGAACACACGCGGACCGAGCGGCAAGUGCUGGAGCACAUCCGCCAGUCUCCAUUCCUUGUAACGCUUCACUAUGCCUUCCAGACGGAUACCAAGCUGCACCUGAUUCUUGAUUAUGUAAACGGGGGGGAACUCUUCACACAUUUGGUGCAGAGGGUGCGGUUUAAGGAGCAGGAAGUAGCCAUUUACAGUGGAGAAAUUGUCUUGGCACUGGAACAUCUUCACAAGCUUGGGAUUGUCUAUCGGGACCUAAAACUUGAGAAUAUUUUACUGGAUUCAAGUGGUCAUAUAGUUCUCACAGACUUUGGCAUGAGUAAAGAAUUUGAUCAGGUCGAAAGAGCUUUUUCUGUUUGUGGCACUAUUGAAUAUAUGGCUCCAGAGAUCAUUGAAGGAGGAGAGUCUGGACAUGACAAGUCAGUGGACUGGUGGAGCCUCGGCGUGUUAAUGUACGAGCUUUUGACUGGUGGAUCACCCUUCACUGUGGAUGGAGAUGAGAACUCACACACAGAUAUCACCAAAAGGAUUUGCAAAAAGGAUCCUCCCUUCCCCAAAGACAUGGGACAACCGGCCAAAGAUCUAAUCAAGCAACUCCUCAUCAAAGAUCCAAAGAAGAGGUUGGGUUCAGGGUCAAAUGGAGCAGAGAAUGUGAAAAAACACCCGUUUUAUCAGAAAAUGAACUGGGAGGACUUAGCAGCUAAGAAGGUGCCUGCGCCUUUCAAGCCAGUGAUCCGGGAUGCACUUGACGUCAGUAACUUUGCAGAGGAGUUCACAGAGAUGGACCCCACGUACUCCCCUGCUGCUUUGCCACAGAACUGUGAUCGCAUCUUCCAGGGAUAUUCCUUCAUGGCCCCCUCCAUUCUGUUCAAGAGGAACGCAGUAAUGGAUGACCCAGUCCAGCUGUGUGGGGAUUCUGAGAGGCCCGGCUCCGCUGCUGUGGCCCGCAGCGCCAUGAUGAAGGACUCACCUUUUUAUAUGAGUUAUGAAAUGGACCUGAAAGACAGUGCUCUGGGAGAGGGCAGCUUCUCCAUCUGUAGACGCUGCACACACAAGAAGACUGGUCAAACUUAUGCUGUCAAGAUUGUCAGUAAGAGGAUGGAAGCUCAGACCCAGCGGGAAAUAGCAGCCCUGAAGCUCUGUGAUGGCCAUCCCAACAUUGUGAAGCUGCAUGAAAUUUUCCACGAUCAGCUCCACACAUACCUGGUCCUUGAAAUGCUCGGCGGAGGGGAGUUGUUGGAAAGAAUUCGCAAGAAACAACAUUUCAGUGAGACUGAGGCCAGCCGCAUCAUGCGCAAACUGGUGUCUGCGGUCAGCCACAUGCAUGAUGUAGGAGUGGUGCACAGGGACCUGAAACCAGAGAAUCUGCUCUUCACAGUCGAGAGUGAGAACUCCGAGAUAAAAAUCAUAGACUUUGGCUUUGCUCGUCUAAAACCGCCAGACAAUCAGCUGCUGAAGACUCCCUGCUUCACUCUGCAGUACGCUGCCCCAGAGAUCCUCAAAUAUGACGGCUAUGAUGAGUCCUGUGACCUGUGGAGUCUGGGGGUUAUUCUGUACACCAUGCUGUCUGGGCAGGUACCUUUUCAGUGUCAGGAGAAGAGCCUAACACACACUAGUGCUGAAGAGAUUAUGAAAAAAAUCAAACAAGGAGAUUUCUCUUUUGAAGGAGAGGCCUGGAGAAACGUGUCCCAGCAGGCUAAAGAGCUAAUACAAGAGCUUCUAACGGUGGAUCCAAACAAGAGGAUUAAAAUGUGUGGUCUUCGUUACAACACCUGGCUCCAGGAUGACAGUCAGCUGUCCUCCAACCCACUCAUGACCCCAGACAUUCUUGGCUCUUCUACUGUCUCUGUCCACACUUGUGUCAAAGCAACCUUUAAUGCRUUUAACAAAUGCAAGCGGGAAGGUUUCCGCCUACAAACGGUGGACAAGGCGCCGCUAGCCAARAGGAGAAAGAUGAAGAAGACGAGUACCAGCACAGAAACUCGCAGCAGUUCCAGUGAGAGUACCCAUUCUUCCUCCUCCUCCUCACAGUCUCAGGAGAAGACGUCUCCGGAGAGUGAAGCCAACCUGCAGCCCUGCUGCAGCCCUCCGGUCAGCACACGGGCAGCUGUGGAAUCAGACUCUGGUAACCAGUCAGCUCCUCCCACCUUUCAGUUCUCAGAUGAACCGUGAGACAACGAGACAUUCCAGCUCUUCUCUUUGUCUCUGCCUCCAGCUCUGCUGCAUGGACGUCUCUAAAAAACCAAGCAUGCAGCCGGAGCAGCAGCUGUCACAUCUGCAUCAAUCAAUAAAUCCUCACUAGCAAUAGCCUCUCCUUAUGUUUUCCUCUGACUUUCUCACACACACUGUAAGAACCAGGAAGUGGACCAGAAGGAGGCUGUCACCUUUGUCUUAAGGGCUGCUCUACUGUCUCCGAUACAGGUGGACAAUGGAGACACAUCUUUACUUGUUAUCAAGUCCCAGUCUCUCUUCUCUUGCGUGCUUGUCUCUGUCCGUGUCUCCAGGGGCUUUAAAGGGAAAGUUGCAGUAUUUAAAUCACAAAGUCUUUUUGUGUUUUUCAUGCAAGGGAGAAAAGAAAUGGAACGUAUGAGUUUAUUUGUAAGAUUUUUAGAGACUGAAAUUUA